AUGUCCAACUUUAUCACCGAACCGGUCCGGCUCUCGUCCUCUUCCACUCCCACUUCGUCGGCUUCCGCAUCAGCUACCAGCUCUGCCGCUGCCCAGCAGCAGGACCAGGGGAAUCCCCAGAUCAACUUCUAUCGCAAUCUCUUCUACAUCCUCAUUGGUCUUUUGGGGGCUUUUGCCCUCGCCGCCGUCCUCUCUCUAUGGCGAGCCAGACAUCGUCGUAGACUCAUCCAUGCUGAGGCUACCCGCCUCGGCCUCCUCGCCCCCGGCAUGCCCGGCUACAUAUCCAUCCGAGACCGCCGUGCCGCGCGACUCAUGCCUGGCGAGAACGGGCGGAGCGUCGGGGUCACAUACCGGCCGGAAUGGUGGGAAGUUGGUGCGGCAGGAUGGAUGCGGACCUGGGUCCGGCCGUCCGCGCCCGCCCGGGGAUACUCUGGUGGAAUCGCCACUUCCCCAGGCUUCGGAUCGACCUCGUUCUCCUUUACGCCUCGAGAAAAGCUGGAACCGCAUGACCAGGGCGGAUACCUCGACCUCGCGGCGGAAAAGUCAGAUCCGCAGUUCAGACCACUCGCGAUUAUCCCCCCUCAGCCUACCGGACCCGUCGUCGAUGCCCCUCUUCCCAAAUCGACCCUGAAGUACUUUCCCGGUCAUCUCGCGUAUCGGCCGGAAGAUCUCCUCCCUCCGCCGCUGGUAUGGGGCGGGGAAGGCGUGCCGAAGGAGAAGAUGGCGGAACAGCUGGAAGGGCUGAGAGGCGCGCAGGUGGACUUGGUGACUAUGAUACGAAUGCCAGAGUCGCCGGAGGUUGUCCAAGCGCGGGAGAGGGGAGCGCGGACGAGGAGAGAAGAAGGGGACGAUGAGGAUGAGGAUGAUGCAGAGGAGGUGGUCAGGGAAUGGGGAGGGAUGUGUUUGGGUGUGGUGAGGAUGGGAGUGGAGCCGGCUGAGGGACAGGAGCAGGGGAGAACGAGUAUGGUAUCGGGACGAUCAGGAAGGGAGGUAUAG